UCUCUGUUCCAGGAAUUACACGCGGAUUACUGUUUUCAGUUCAGUUUUUCUUCUCCAAAAGUUUCCCAGAAAACAAACGUCGCGCCGCGCGUAAAGAAAGACGAUGUUCUGGUUCCAGCGAGGUCUGUGCGCCCUGCCGGCGUUCCUGGGCGUCUGGUCCUCCGCCACCUUCAUCAUCUCCUUCAUCAUCGCCGUUUGGAGGCAAGACAUCGAUGUUGUCUUCCCCUACAUCAGUGACACGGGUGCAGUCCCCCCGGAGAGCUGCUUUUUCGGCCUGAUGACCUUCAUUUGUGCAUGUGCAGGAAUUGGCACUGUAUAUGCCAGAUAUAAGUUUGUGCAGAAGCUGAUUGAGGAAAACAAUGUGAUGAAACCGUGCUGCAAUAAAGCCUCCCUUUUAUUUGGGUUGGGCUCCUGCUUUGGGAUGUCGGUCGUUGCAACUUUUCAGGAAACAGCUGUAAGAAUAUUCCAUGAUAUAGGAGCCUUGUUGUUUUUUGCCUCCGGUGUCGUCUACAUGAUCACCCAGUGUUGGAUAUCAUACACAGCACAUCCAUAUGACUGCGCCAGGAGUGUGUCUGUGGUGCGUGUGGGUCUCACGGUCAUUGCUGCUGUUGCAAUAUUUCCCACUAUAAUUUGUGGUCUUCUAAGCAGCAAAACGUCGCUGCACUGGGACAAAGAGGACGAGCAAUACGCCCUCCACCUGACCAGCGCCGCCUGUGAGUGGGUCGUUGCCUUCAGCUUCGUCUUCUUCUUCUUCACCUACAUUCAUGACUUCAAACGGUUCACCUUGCAAGUGACUACAGUAUAUGAGCAACCGUUUUGAACGCUCUCAGCACCACUGAGAUUUUUUAUUACAAUCCACAUAAAUUUGCAGGAUUUUUAAACUGUUUACACAAUUAUUUAAUUUUUUUUGUCAGUUGCUGAUUUUAUAAUAGAUUUUUAUAUAUAUUACUUUGUCAGAUGGGAUGUCAUAGAUGAAAGUUUGUAUUUUUAUAACUUUUUUACAUAUUUUUAUGAAUACUUUAUUACAUUAUUUUGCACUUUUUUCAACUGUUGCCACACCAAUAUGAGAUGCAUCCUGUGAGGCUUGUGACCAGUAAUAGGAGAACUUAAUCACAAUGAACACAUGAUCACAAUGCAUGAAACAAAACCUUCAAACUUAUGACUUUAAAUGAGUGUAGGUAUUCUUACACUGGGUAGUUUUUAAAAUCUGCAAGUCUGAAAUUUGACUCCAUUAUUUGGGUGCUGACAGUUCCCUGUGGGUUGUUUUUCUCUUCUUUUAUUGGAUUACUUGUUUAUGACAACAAAAGAAGAUGAUGUUCAUAGUUAAGAUAUGCCUUCCUUGUGAAAAUCUG